AUGUCGCAGUCGGCCUCCAGGAUGUUUCCUUCGUACGGCGUCGAGUCGGGGAAACCCACGAUGGUGGUGGACUGGUCCUUCACCAGCACUGACCAGUUUGUAGUCCUCCAGCUCUUUGGGGUCUAUGCCUUUGGGGUUCCAGAUGCUUCCGUCCAUUUCUCCGACUCCAACACACUUCGCCCCAAAACGAUGGAGGUUCCAGUGACUGUGGACUGUGAUGAAGAGGUUGGAGCUCACCUGGAUGACAAAGGUCUUGUCCUGGAAGCCGGGGCACAUCCCCAGCUGGCUCAUGUAAGCCGCCUCGUUGAUGAAGUUCUCGAUGCCGUGGAAAACUCCUCGGCCGGUGGCGGAGAUCCUUCCGUGGAUUCCUCCCUGACUGAUGGGCUUCCCGGUGACGCAGGCGUGAGCGUUGAUGUCCUGAAAGAGACAGAGACACAGAGAGAUCGAUUUCUGGGUCACAGGCUGGAGGACGGAGGAGACGAGGAGGCACCGAACAGAGAGGACGAAGAGCCCAGGUACAGGUACCCACAGGUGCACAGGUACCCACAGGUGCACAGGUACCCACAGGUGUACAGAUACCCACAGGUGCACAGUUACCCACAGGUGUACAGAUACCCACAGGUGUACAGGUACCCACAGGUGUACAGGUACCCACAGGUGUACAGGUACCCACAGGUGUACAGAUACCCACAGGUGCACAGUUACCCACAGGUGUACAGUUACCCACAGGUGUACAGUUACCUCCAGGUGUACAGUUACCCACAGGUGCACAGGUACCCACAGGUGCACAGGUACCCACAGGUGUACAGGUACCCACAGGUGUACAGGUACCCACAGGUGUACAGAUACCCACAGGUGCACAGUUACCCACAGGUGUACAGUUACCCACAGGUGUACAGUUACCCACAGGUGUACAGUUACCUCCAGGUGUACAGUUACCCACAGGUGCACAGGUACCCACAGGUGCACAGGUACCCACAGGUGCACAGGUACCCACAGGUGCAGUCAGGUGCGUUCACGGACACCUUCAUGGCGGCUGUGAGCUCCGGAGCGGAGCCCGGUGCUGCUGACACUCACCCCCCUUGCAGGGCGUCCUGUGCUGGCUGUGCUGAGCCCGCUGACGCUCAGGACGUGGUUACACGGCUUGAUGAUCCGCAGAAUCCCGCGGACCCGCUUCCUCUUCUGCUCGGGGCUCUCCCGGGUCUUCAGGCCCUCCACCAGCUUGUCCUCCACGAUAGCGGCUCCCCGGUCGAAGAAUCCCUCCACCAUGGUGAAGAAGUUCGGGUCGUCGUCCCGGUCCACGGCCUGGCUGUAGCCGCGGUAGCGCAGCAGGGACGCGGACGCCGGGAGAGCCGAGUCAGCGGCGGCGGCGGAGCCCGAGGCCAGGACGCUGCCCGCUCCCCGGACUUCAUGUGUGACCGUCCAAAGCUCCACGUCUUCCUGGGGGCUCCUCCCCCUGCUGCAGACACCUCGACUGGGCCGGAGGGUGAGGAACGUCCCCCUGACAACACCUGGACACACGUGGAGCUCACCUGGCAGGACGGACACCUGAAGCCGGCUACAGGUGCAGCUGCAGACGGAGAUGAAGAGUCAAAUCCUGCCAAAUCAUCUUCACUUCAGGAGUAUCUGGACAGCUGCUUCCCUGCAGCUCAACCAGAACCAGAACCUACACACUGCGGGUCCCCAGACGUCCCUCCACUGUCCACCCACACUCAGUUCCUCUCUACCUGGACUCUGAGUCAGGCUCUAAUCCUGAGAGGCAGGUGUGCUGUCCAAUCAGCAGGCAGCCCUGAGAAAACUCCACCCAAACACACCCAAACUCCUCCGUCCGUCUCCUCCAGCACCCCCGAGCUCUUCAGCCCCGUCAGCCCGUCACUCGGAGCCUCCGCAGAGCUCUUCAGUCCGCCCUGUCCGAGCCCGCGGGCAGAGGAAGGAGGAGUCGUCAUCCAGGCCACUAUAGACGGCGUGCUCUGCUCCCAGGAGGCCGAGCGGCAGGAGGCCACGCCCUCCCAGAAGUCCCCCGCCAAUUCCCCUGAACUAAAGAGAGCUCGAGUCUCAGAAAACAUCAGGACGGAAGCAUCUGUGGUGACAUCAGAGCACGCUGUGGCCGCCGGCAUCGGGCUCCGAGGUCCAACAAUCCUGCUGACCCGGUGUGACAGACAGGGGGUGCGGUACUCAGUUCUGGUUGCGGUGGUUCACCCCUGUCACCUGAAGGAGGUCAAGGUGAAGUCCGGGCCGGCAGCCGGGACCGUUGUUCCUCUGGCAUCCAUUGUGGUAACAGACCAAUCGGGUGUAGAGAUGAAGGUGGUGCUGUGGCGGCGGUCAGCGUUCUGGGUGUUGACAGUCAGUCCUGGAGACAUUCUGCUCAUCACAGGCCUGCAGGUGAACGAGGACAGGUGGAGAGGAGAGACGGUGCUACAGUCGACCUUCAGCAGCAAGCUGCUCAGCCUGGGACAGAUCACCACCUCCACCUGCCCACCAGUUCCUCAGCAGGUUGAUGCUCGCUCUCUCGCAGCGCUGUGUGACUUCCUGCGGGAGCGGCGCCCCCUGCUGCUGUCUGAGAAGCUCCGCCCCCCUCAGGACCUCAACCGCCUCCCCUACGCCACUCUGAGGUCACUGAGGGUCAACACGCUGGUUCACGCCCUUCUGCGUGUCACACACACACACAUCAGCACAGAGUGGCGGAGCGAGGCGGAGUCUCGCUGCAGGUCGGCGGUUCAGCUGAAGGCCGUGGUGACCGUGGAGCAGCCUGGCGGUCAGCAGGCGGCGCUGCUGCUGUGGGGAGCGGCGGUGGACUGGCUGCCUCGCCUCAACGCAGACAGAGCGGCCGUCUGGGACUUCCACAUCCUCCUGGUGAGGGACGGUUUGACCUCCGACCUCCCGGAGCUGCACUCCACCCCCUGGAGCUCCGCCCACCCUCUGGAUCCUGCCGACCGCCGAGCGCAGGACUUCCUCCGACCACGACCCGUCCAGACAGGAAGCGGUGUUGUGGAGCUGGAUGUCGACACGCUGCUGUCACAGAAGUACAGCGGUGAGGUCGAGCUCAGAGUCCAGGUCUCCACCUUCCACUUCCUGGAUGCUCUACCUUCCCAGAAUGCACCACAGCCAGUCCUGGACAGCUCCACCUCGCUGGAUGAUAUCCUGAAGGUCCUGAGCGGUGAUGUCACUUACACCGGCUGCGCUCGCUGCUCUGUCGAGCUGGACACGGACGCCAACGGCAUCUACAGCCCGUGUUACCCGUGUCUGCCCCACACCGCCGUACGCCGCUACUACAGGCCAGGUGUGCUGAGGGUGAGUGGGCGGGGCACCUCUCAGGUGUGUGUUCAUGUUCCACCUGUUCUGCUUCAAAAGAUCCUCGACGCUCCACCUGAUAAACUCCAGAGGAGCUCAGCUCCAGGCUCAGAGGUGAGACACGUCCAGGUGGCAGCAGAGAGGAUCGUCUCCCUCGUCUCCCUCCCAAAGAAAACCUUCGUCCUCACCCUGCGGAGCCACUUCCUGUGUGACGAGAACAGCGUCCCCAUCAGUCAGGACUUCACCCUGCUGGACCUUCAGUUCCCCCCCAACAGCUGACCCACUACUGACCUGAGGGAUUGAGUUGGAUCAGGAUCAGGAUCCGGUCCAGUCCAGACCUAAUCUUGGUCAUUUGUUGAUGGAUCAUUAAUCUCAUGAAGCGUCACAGUCGAGUCAAACUGUCAUUAAAGAGUUUGGUUUUGUGCCCUUCUGUCGGCGGAUUGAUGACCUGCAGCCUGAGACUAAAUUACUGGAGACUCGUCAAGCUUGAUCAACGGCUAUUGGAGCACAGAGCGAGAAGGGGCGGGGCUUAGAAAGAAGUCUGGAUGCGUUGACACUUUGUUUGACUCCGACAUGCUGAACGUUAGAUCCAGAACAUAAAGACAACAUUAAUAUAAACAUCAUAUCAGUACAUCAGGUGAUUGUCUGCAGACACGUUUAUAUUCUGUUUAUUGAUUUUAUCUUAUUCAUUGAAAUAAAAGUCUUUGACAGACAAUUGAUGAGAA